AUUAGUAAGCCAUAAAGGUUUUAUUGACAACUGCUGUACUCAUGAUUUAGUUCUAACUUUGCCCACCUAACUGGCACCACAACCACAUGAGGCUGGUUGGCAAGAGUUUAUGGGGGACCAAGGACACCCGUCUAUUAUCAGCUUUUGACAAUGGUGCACUAUAUUUGUGUUUGAAGUGGAAUUUGUGAAUAGUUCUACAGCUCAAUAGUUUUUUUUUAACUCUGCUUAAACCCCAUCACAACCAAGACAACCAAGAGAAUGCUAACAGGAGGAAACUGAUUUUUUAAUGAGGACUGGAAAUUGCCAUAUUAUCUCAUUUCUGCAAAAGAUAAGAUGAUUUGCUUGCUUUGCAAUACUGCAACAUCAACAUUAAAAGAAAUUCAAAGCUCAUUAGCAUUAGAACACUCAUAAGGACCACAAAUAUUUUAAAUUAAAGGGAAAGGCUUGAAAAGUUAUACUGUAGAGAUUAAAGAUGAAAAGCAAAAGAAAAGAGAAUUCUUUAACCAGCAAUAAGACCUGGACACAAUGCCACUGAAGCAACUUAUAAAGUAGUACAUAUACUUGGGGGAAAGGGAAGCUGUUCAAUGCAGUAGAAAUUAUGAAAGAAUGUGUUGCUGAAGUUGUAGGAUGCUUAGACCCCCAAUAACAUUUCAAAGUACAAACAACUGCCUCUUCCAAGGAGAAUCAUACCUGAUAGGCAGCAUGAAUUAACCUUCAACUUAACUUCAUGCAAUACUUCAAAAGGAAAAUACAUAUUGAAUUACUUUGAAAGAAUCAACUGAUACUAUUGACUCUGCACUUUAUACUUCAUUGAGAUCAUAACAGAAGAUUUUCUUUGCUACAAAGAAUUACUUGCUUUGGGCACUCUUGGGAACAGAAUAUGGUGAAUAGAUAUUUUGCAUGAUUUUCAAGAUAAAUGUCUGAAUUUGGUACAUUUAGUGAGUAUAUGGACAGACAGUGCAUCUUCCGUGACAGGAAAACAUGAAGGUUUAUAAAACAAAUUUUUUAAAAAAGUAUUAACAUAUCCAGAUGUUAUCAUUUUAUCAGAAAAAUCUCUGUGCCAAAGCUACUAUUUUAAGUGACAUUUUGCAACAAGUUUUAAGUACUGUUAACUAUAUUUGUACAAAGAGUGCAACACUGACUCAUCAGUUUCAUAACAUGCUAAGGUUGAAAGAUGAGGUAUUCUGGGGGUGCCUGUAGCUUAGUGGUUAGGGUGCAAGACACAUGCACCAGGCCUCCUAAACAACAACAACAAUAAUAAUAAAAAUAGCUGGGUGUUGUGGGUGCCUGUAGUCCCAGUUAACUUGGGAGGCUGAGGCAGGAGAAUCUUGAGCCCAAGAGCUUGAGCUUGCUAUGAUACCAUAACACCCUACCGAGGGCGACAAAGUGAAACUCUAUCUCAAUUAAAAAAAAAAAAAGAAAAGAAAGAAAGGUGAGGUUUUCAGUGUGAAUCUGACAUAUCAUUCUAAAGUGCAGUUGGCUAUAACAGGCACAGGUGUUAGCCAAAAUGUUAUCUCUGUAAGAACAGAUAGUUGAAUUUUACAAAAGAUAGAAUCAGCAAUGUGAAUUAUUGAAAGAUUUCUACAGGAAUACAGCAUUUCUCUGUGAUAUGUCAAAUCAAAACAACCUGGUAAAAAUCUAUACAUGUAUGUGACAAAAAAAUCUAAGCAUUAAGAAAAAAGCUAUCUAUCUUGUUUCAAAACAUUUCUUCAAAAGUAAACUUCGAAUGAACAUUUUCCUUAGUUAGCAACGGUCAUUGAUGAGCAGGAUGCUAUAUGGGAAUCAUCUGAAGAAUAUGUAGCUGUUACAGACCAACAAUUGGAGAAUACAUGUACAAUAAAAGGUUCACUGACUUUGGGAAUCAUGACAUCACACUCAAAUUAGCAUUUCAGCCUCACCUAAUUGAUAUCACCAAAGCACCUGCAGAACUACAGAUGGAAUUGAUUUCGUGCUCAGUAGAUGAUGUAUUUUAAGUCCUUGUUUGAUGCUAAGAAAGAUCCAACUGAAAUGUGGAAAAAUGCAGAAUACCCACACCUUUGGCAACAUGACUAAAAAAAUGCCUUGUUGGUUUUCAACCAUUUAUUGUUGUGAAUCUACAUUCUCCUACCUCACCCAAAUCAAGGUGCCCUUAAGGUCACAAAUGACUGAUAUCCAUCUGGAUCAACUGCACCUGCAAAGACCCACAUGCUGCUACCAAACAUUCAAAUGUUUUCCAACAAAAAGCAGACACAGCGAAGUCAUCAAAAGAUUACCUUUAAAUUAACAAAUCGUAUUCAAAUUUUUGAUAUUAUUAAGUACAUAGCAGUUAGUUUUUUAUAAAAUAAUGUAUAUUUUAUAAGUAUAUCUAAUUGAAAUUUCUUGAAUGUGGCCUUAAAUUUGAUUACAGCUAAACUGAGGCCUUCCAACAUGAAAAGUUUCCCCACCCCUGCUCUAGGGGCUGCUUGAAUGUCCUCUACUUCACAAAACAAUUUGCUCCACUGGGGAACAGUCCUUGCAUUGGUUUUAUUUAAUGAGGUUGACCUAUGUAAGUAGAAUUUUUUUUCUAACUGAAUAAAGGGAGAGCUCUAAGACAAUGAAUUCAUACUUCUCGAAGUUUAGAGACACUGGGACCAACACCAACUCUGUUUCCUUUCUGUGCAAAAAGCAAAGAGAAUCAUGCCUGCUGCAGCCUGAAGGCUUUUAUAAUUAUCUAGAAAAGCAAAUCUCCUUUCUAUAAGGUUCACUGGUUUGGGGGGUGUAAUAAGGGAGGGCACUCUAAUCCUUUAGAAAUCAUCCUCACUGUCUAGGGUCAUUCAGGGCUAGGCCUACUCUUUUGUGAACAGUAACAAAAUACAUACUUAAUUGCAAGUAAUAAACCAGGGUUCUGAUCCUUACCAGCAUUGGAGAAUUCAUUUAAUCUCUCUGUGCCUCAGUUUUUCUUAAACCCGAAAGAGGAAGGUUUGACUAUAUGGUUUCCACGAUUUCUUAUAAAAUAAUUCUAGGUUACCUUUAAGCAAAACUGAAAAUACCCAAAGCUACAGCAUUCUUUUGAACUUCAUUAAAGCUAUAUGAAUUAAUACUUAAAUAACUAAACCACAAUCUGUUAUAUCAAGUCUGAUUUGAUUUCAUUUUAGCAGAGGAACAACAAAAUCCAGCUAUCAGGGCUAGAGGGAAGUAGUUGGAACACUUCUGAUCCAGAUGUCUCCAAUUCUCCUUCCAUAGCUUACCUGCACUAAACAAUACUGGGUUCCUGGAAGGUGCUUGGACCUUGGUCUGGCUUUGGGAUUGGACUUUGAUCCCUGAUUAUCCAAGGAUCUCAUUUUCAUUUACCUGACCCACUCUCCAGUCACACAUCUAAGAACUUCCACAAUCUUUUCUCUUCCAGAGAAGGGACUCAAAUUGUUUUAUCAGGAGAUAAAUCACCCAGACACUUUCUAGCUAUUCCUAGAAUCAAGAACCCUGGCUGGUUAACGAGUCUUCCACUUCCCUCCUGAAAGAUGGGUGCAGAAAAAGGAGUGAAAGUGCAGUGCCCUUACCAAGGUUCAGUUCUGACAAAUUUGACAUUCUGCUGUCACCAAAAGCAGUACCUUCUAUGAGACGGACCAGCCAAAUUUCAGAAAGCAAACUAUUUAUUACUAUGCCAUAUCCAUCUACACAUGAACGUUUUGGGACAAAAUAAUCUGCCCAACUUCUUGUGGGACUAUUGUUAGAAGAAACAUUGAAAAUGUUCCGUGCAUUUUGAGUUCGGGGUGGCGUGGGGAAUGGCUCUGCUGACCAAAGAAACACAAAUUUUUAAGAACUAACUGUAGGCAGAAUCGUGAGGGAGAGCUCCCUCGGUGUCACGUCACUCUUGUGAGGCACUUAGGAAAGCUACAGAUAGCGGCUUACAUGACAAUACCAACUUUCCAGGUAUGGGUUCAUGUAUUUUAAUUACAUCGUGGCCCCUAAAGAAUCCCUUCCAACACAGCCAGGCGUGAAAAAUAAAUGAGUCUCGAGACAAUCAGUCCAACAGGAAACGGACAGCCUCACAGGACUCUGGAUGGUGAGGGCCACGAUGUUUGUCCUGCCAUUUUGCGGCACAAAAAUCCAGGCUGGUCGCCGAGGGCGGACACGCUGGCGCGGCCACCAGCCCGGCGCCGCCGCCGCUCACAGUGGCCUCCCAGGCGUUUCACAGGCAGUCCCCGCAGUGGUUCUUAAAGCGGCCACUCUCGCCAGUUACUUGGAGUCUAAUUACGCAGUUUUCUUCCAGCUCCUAUUCUGACUAUCUCUCUCUCCGCCAGCCCUCUAACGAAGGAGGUACUGGGGCCAGGUGUGUCGAAAUCACUUUUCUCCUGCUCCGAAGGUUCUCGUCACAAUUAAUAUACAGUACGAAGCCCCACAGGACGCGGCGCAGAGGCGCGCAAAAGAAGCUGACAUUUCACACAUUUGCCAAGAUUACCAUCAGGCCCCACCUCGACGAUUGCGACAUUCGCUGAUACGCGUCACAGUUGUAAAAUGUGCUGUAAGUUCCCUUGCCAUCUCCGGAGCCGAGAACGCUCGCAGAGAGGGCUCUUUAUAAAUUGGGGGUUUUAAAAAUUGUUCCACGAAUAAUUUUGGUAGUAUAAUCGGUUUUACAAAAUGCACUGGAAUCGUAAAAUCUUCCUUGCUUCACUACCCUCAAAGGACAGGACCCCAUGGCCACUCCCGGGGCCCAGGGACCGCGCCAGCCGCAGUAUCUGUGUUCCUUCACCUGUCUCAGUCCCGGGGACAGACGUGGAAGCGAGAGGAAGGGCUGCGGCCGGGAAGGGGAAGCCGGGGGACACAAUCCCCUUCCCUAACGAUCCCGCAGUGAAGGAUCUGGCUGCCUGGCCAGGACUGGCACGAUUUGCUCCCGUUUAUCAAAUUCUUAUCGGUGCGCCGAGGUGGGAACCGCAGCUUUGGACUGGAGAUACACAGUUUCUGGCCCUGGUCCCGCAGUCUAAAUCGGAACAAGAGCAAACCAACCCAGGCACUGAGCGCUUCGGGCCAGUCACCGCCUCCCCUCAAGCGCGGCCUUCCUCAUCCCGGCACCCCACCUCACCGCCGCCCCGCUGCUGGUCUCUGGGAAGUUCGCUUCCAGCCCCAAGCGGGCUAGCCCUGCCAAGCUGCCGCCGAGCGCGGAGAUGGAAGCUCCAGCCUACUGGGACAGUACGGGUGGAGACAGCAGGAGCGAGGGGCCAGGCAGCAAGCAUCGCGCACUUGUGGAAGUGCUAGAAGAUCUAUCAGACAAAGAAGGCAAGAAGAUGGCUCCAAGAAAACUUUCCUCUGCCAAACAGUCCUCUCUGGCUGAUAACUGGUAUCCCACCAUUAAAGCUUAAUGAUGG